CUGUCAGAUCCAUGAUUCUUUGACAUCUGCCAAAAACGGCAAAAGACCAUCGACGCCGAAAUAAAAUUGUGGGGUGGUCCGUAUCCCGGGGUCCCCACUAGCCGUCACCUUCCCUCCACCUUGUCCGAAACGUACCUUCCUUCCGCUUCUCUGAGUCUGUUCGAACAACAUCAUUGCAUUUCUCGUCUAGCGUCUACAACGUUGAUUCCUUAGAAUACAUCCUUUCUUUGUUCGUAACUAGCUAGCAUAGGUACUCUCCCCCUAUUGACUACACCCCACAUCAUGACGUCUACCGCCCACCGCCGCCUACUCCAAGAGUAUCGCGCUCUCACCAACAACCCACCAGAAGGCAUCACCGCCGGCCCCAUCUCUGAAGACGAUCUUCUUCACUGGGAAUGCCUUAUUCAAGGUCCUGAGGGUACUCCCUUUGAGGGUGGCGUCUUUCCUGCGGAGCUCAAGUUCCCAAAGGACUAUCCGCUUGCCCCGCCAUCAAUGAAGUUCCUCGCCGAUGUGUGGCACCCCAAUGUGUACCCUAGUGGUCUGGUAUGCAUUUCGAUCCUUCACCCUCCUGGCGACGAUCCCAACCAUUACGAGCACGCAUCCGAACGAUGGUCACCUAUUCAGUCUGUCGAGAAGAUCCUAAUCUCUGUCAUGAGCAUGCUCGCCGAGCCCAACGACGAGUCUCCUGCAAACGUUGAGGCAGCAAAGAUGUGGCGUGAACGGCGCACCGAAUACGAGAAUAAGGUCCGCGAAGGCGUCCGAAAAAUGCUGGGUCUAUAGCAUAUAAAUACUUAGUGGCAAGGAGUAUUGGCGCACAUUUUUGACACGGCGAAGCAUGGCAUAGCAUGGUGUUCGGCAGCGGUAUCGCCGCCUAAAUAGAAUUCAUAUACUCAUCCGACAUCCGUCUCAAGACACGCUUCUAAUUGAACGCUCUACAAACUCCGUCCCUCAUGCUCAUGCAUAGAUCAUAGUCCAUUGUCCGCCUUAAACUUAUCCCAGCUCUCGUUGAGAGUGCUAAACACCAAUCCUGCGAUCAACCUGACCUCGGUACUUGCGUUUUGAGGAAGCUGCGACAUGUUAGAAAGAUUCUUGACAGGGUCAUGUGUGAUACAAUGCUUACCUUGUCAGGAUGUGUCUUUGCGAUAGCUUUCAUAUACGAGAUCUUGACCUUAUUGUUCAUAACUAGUUCGUGCAAGCCCACCUUCUUCCAUCCACUGUUCUCCCACAGUACGCUAUCGAGACUAGCAAGCAGAGCCCGAAUAUUGUCUCGUUUUCCGUCGCGCCAGGCAGAUACCUUGGCAUCAACCUUCUCGGAGAGCACAAACUUCUCGUCGUCCUCCUUGGCUGCAGCCUCAUUUGCCUCACGAAGACGCGUGACGGCCUCGGAGCUCUUUUGAGGUCCAAGACUGGCUGUUGCGGAGGGUCUAGGUCGAGGUUUGGCGGCUGCUGGUUUCGGUGCUGGCUUGGGCUUGGGUGCCAGAGUGUUUUGGCAUCUCUGUCGACCCUUAAUGGCAUUCGAUCCACCAACGCCACUCUCGACACACAACUGCCAGACCGCACUAGCAUCGCCCCAUUUCUCCAUCUGUUCUAGAGCCUCUGCUUUCCUGCUCAAGGCCUUACCGUAAAGGUCUUUCAGGUCUCGGUUUUCGUCUACUCCACUCUCAUUCUUCACAGCCACCACUUCUCCUUGACCAUUGCCAGGUCCGAUAAGCUUGAGUGCACUAUCGGCAUCUUCGACAGCCUGCUUGGGCUCUCCGGUCUUUAGCGCAGUCAAAGCACGGUUGCAGAGGAGGAGGAUGGCAAGAGGAUGUGUCGGUGGAACAGCUGACAGCGAAGACGAGUAGGAUGAGUGGGCAGCAGCAUAGUCACCUCGCUUGAAGUGAGCUGUACCCUGGAGGCGGUGCUGUGUAGAGGUUUGGAGCGCGACGGGGCUGAUGGACGGGAUCUCCCGAGCUGGUCGUGGUGAUGGUCUUGAGACAGGGGGUGAGGGUCGCUUAGCCUGUGGAGUUGGUCGAGGAGAAGGCUGAGCGGGUCGUGAAGGCAUAGACUGGGAUGGUCUAACUUCUUGAGAGUUGAAGAGUAGAUCUGAUUCUGGUUCCGCCGGCUUGGAUGUCGGCGCUGGCGAAGAGGCCUGUGAAGAUGUCUUAUUUCUCCUAUUAGGGCUUCUAUAAGUAGAGAUCUCAUCAUCUGCCGCCAGUCUGUUGAGUCGUGAUUUAGAAUCAAAAGCCGAUGUCGGUGGUUGCGCCUGCUGUUGCCAUCGAGGUGCUGGACUGGCACGACUGCCAGCAGAGUGAGCGGGUGAUUGUCCCCUCGAUGUCUGAGGAGUAGCCCUCUGCUCAGUAGGUCGACUGUUAGUCCGACGAGGCUGGGGACGGCCGCCAGCUUCAAGCAUCAUAGCUUCGUCUGUAGCGUCUGCUCGUGCCUUUCCUGCGCUUUGCGAUCUGGACUGGUGCUGUGCUUCCCGCAUCCACUUAGGUUGGCUUGGGUCGCCUUCUUGUUGGAAAUCAGCGACAGCCUGCUGCAUCUUCUUCUGUCCAGUCUUCCAAAGUGAGUUAGCAGUCUUGAACAGGCUGUUACCCAUUGCAGCAGCUGUCUUUGCCAAGUCCUGAUCGCCUGCUGCAGGCGACCUGCUAUCACCUCUUGGAGGUCGACUUCCGGGCCUACUAGAACUAGCAGACGAGGGUUUCGCCUGCGCCUGUUCCUUGGAUUUUCGAUGCGCCUCGUCCAGAAGCCAAUUGACCGCAGCUUGAGCAUUGUAACCGUCACCGCUCUCAACCAAAGCACGUCGGGCAUCGUCAGCGGAGAACCCAUAGUCCACAAGUUGCGCCACAGCUCGAUCAAAAGGAUCCUUGUUGACUCGUGGUGUUCGUUCAAUAUAUUGCUCACGUGCUGGGGUAGCUUCCUCUUCAGAUGAGCUUGAGUCCUCGUCUUCAAUAGGCUUUCCAGGUUCCGCAUUUGGUCUGCUGGCUUCCUGUUUACGUCGUACUUCCUCAACAGGACGUGCAAGAUCUCCCAAAAAGUCGUCAUCAUCUGCCAAUUGGGUAGAUGCCGCAGGAGCAGCAGCGGGUU